UACCUCCAUCAAAACUCCAGGAUCCUCGGCUUCCAUUGGACAAACAGGACGGGGCGACACAGCAGGAGAGGAGAAAUGAUUUUGACCACCCCGAGAACAGGUAGGAUGCGCCGAAAAUCCCUCAGGCCGGAAUCUCCCUCCGCUGAAAAGGGGACAAAGCAAAAAAUAAUCCUCCAGGGAGAUGUUUUGAGCUCACCACAGGUCCAGGUUGGUCAGAUCAUUCUGUCACGUUGCGGGUGUGGAGAUGAUGGACCAAGUGUGGUGGCGCAGAUCAGGAGGUACAGAUGCAGGCUUCAGGUAAAGUAAAAAAACUGUUUUAAUGGUGGAACGGGAACGAACAGCACAGGACAACAAUGACAAAAAACUACAAUGAUCUGACACAGGACAUACGAGACGGGAGGUAUAAAUACACUGGGGAAAACCAGGAACACAUGGGCAGGUUAACAAGGGACAGGGCAGGGGCAGAUCAUGACAGUUGGGCUUCCUAUUUCCAUACAACAGCUGUGUUUUUUUUAUUAAGGGUUUUGCUGGUUUAAUCCUAAAACCAAAAUUCAGAUAGUAAAAGUGAGCGAUUUUGAAAAGAAAGACCAGAUUACUUUUCUGGGAAGAUAAGAUGACAUUUAUAUGAGUCAGACAUCACAGAGAAAAACCACAAUAACACUUUAAGCUAUGGGAUUAUAAAAAUGCUCUAGGGCAAACAUUUUUCUAAGCAGACAGAACAGCUGAGCCUUGAUCACGCAUAAUUCUGCUAAACAUGCUCUGUCUGUUUUACUUUUCUAGUAGCAAACUGCUUUCCCAUUUCCCUGACUGAUUAAAGUACAUGUUGGGUAUUUUCUAUAUGAUCCUUUUUGAGCUUUAAAGAACGUCUGCGCUCUUCUGUAAAGCUCACUGUUAUCGAGUCUUAAAGAACGUCUGCUCCUGUAAGCUCAUUGUUAUCUCUGUUAUCUCUGGAAUGUGGUGUCCUGGGAGAUGAACAGCCUGUAAGUCUGUAACUUGAGAAGGCCCGUCUUCUCUGUCCUGGUUGUCAAUAAAACCCCUGUGAAACUGAGGAGUGACAGAGAGACUUGGGAACAGCUCCGGAGGGGGUUGACCCAGCGUCUUCUCUCCGCUGUUUGGCAACACAGUGUAAAAUGAACUCCUCUGCGUGUAUCUGUUUAUUUCAGGUUAAUGGGUCAUGGAAAAUACAAAUUACCAAUCUAAUUCCCCUGCAUGUGUCAUCCUUUCAGGUAAUAUGGGAUAAAUAAAAUAUUACCUAUCAUUUUGGUGCCAAAACCCGGGAAGGCGAAGCUGUCGGUGGGAAGCUGUCUUCGGGAAGCCGUGCAGGCGCCACUUACCUCAUCAAAGCCCGGGGAACUAUAAUUGUUUCACCGGCCGUUUUUUUAGCCCCGCAGGCAGAUUCCCAUUUACGCUCUCGCCUUCCCGAACUCAGGACGAAUUUACCACGCAGAGGAGAGUAAGUACCUCAUUAUUUUGCACCUUUUUCCUUAACUGCUGGCAGUGUGUUUUUAAGCUGAUUGUGGUGACUGCCAUUCACGCACGAAAAGACAUUUUCGUGUCCAGCUAGGGGUUGCACUGGAACUGUGAACCGUGGCUGUAGACCUGGUCUUGAAUGAGGGAGGUUGUAAUUAGUCUGUGUCUACGCGCACAGGCAGCCCACAGUGCUGUGGGUGGUAAGUACAGGUGAAUGUGCAGGGGCACCUAAAACUGUUGCUAUAUACACGCAGCACAGAGUCCAUGUGCUGGUGUCGAGUGGAGAGGAUAGUUGCUAAAAAUCACACUGUCGCUGGGAUUGUUUAAAUAUUUCAUGGUGCAACAAAGGUACACAAAAAUUAAUCACCGCUACAGUUGGCCAAAGAAUCCACAGUUGGUCUAAAUUCGGCCUUGCUGUGUGUUAUUCGUAAUUUGUUGUGCAUCUGGUAUUGGGGCUGCGUCCCAUUUCUGAUCGGAUUUGCCACUUCUGGUUGUGCAGAUCUUUGUGGUCCUGUGAUUUGUUGCUGACAUAUUAGUGUCGGCUGUCCCAUCACAGACAUCGGACGUCUGUGCUGCAUUGUGGUUUUAAAUCUGUGCCAAAGUGUUAAAAACCCGGCUGUGAACUUUGCUUCGGCGGAUAUCUGUGUUUGUUUGUGAAGGCAUACAUGUCUCUGUGUGUGUGUGUGUGUGUGUGUGUGUGUGUGUGUGUGUAUGUGUGCGUGCGUGCGUGUGUGUGUGUGUGUGUGUGUGUGUGUGUGUGUGUGUGUGAAGGUAUACGUGUCUCUGUGUGUGUGUGUGUGUGUGUGUGUGUGUGUGUGUGUGAAAAGGGGCAUGUAUCUGGGUUUUUGAGUGUGUGUGAAUCCUGCAGGUUCUGUUCUAAGUGUGAUUGUGUAGCUACAGUUCUGAAGCUUUGAGCCGGCUCUGUCUGUCUGUCUGUCUGUCUGUCUGUCUCUGUCUCUCUAUGUGUGUGUGGAGCUGAGGUGUUAAACGCAGAGCUGGUGCGUAUAUAGGAAAGAAGUGGGUCACAGGGUUAUUGAUGUAACAGUGCAGGUGUUUGUUUAAACGGAGGGUCAUCAGCUUUGAUCACAUCUUAGGCCCUGUCCACACGUAGCCGGGGAUCUGCCAAAACGUAGAUAUUUUUCUACGUUUUGGCCUGUCAUCCACACAAAAACGGAGUUUUUUCACACGAAAAUGGAUCUUUUUAAAAACUCCGGCCAAAGUGAAGAUCUGCAUUUUCUCCGUUUUGGGUGUCUGCGUGUGGACAGACAAAACCGGAGUUUUAAGGUCCGCAACGUCACUUUCCGUGACAAAAAAAUGCUGACAUCACGUGUGCGACCUGUGUUUACACUAGCCGACAGCAUGGAUGCCCUCAGAGCUGCGCUCGCUUUAUCAAUUGUCCAAGCGCUUUUUGCUUGUUUGUUUUUGCAAGCGGAAUUACUGCUCCUUGCGGAAGACCACAGAUGAAGGACGAGGUUAAGAACGAGGGAAGUACUGCCGCCUACAGGUCUGGCAUGUCCUUAACAACGUAUUUAUCUGGGUACUUGUGGACAGUUGUUUUUUAAAACGAGGUGGUGUGGAUGCAAGUUUUUGGAGGGGCAGAUAUUCGUUUUUUUUAAAAACGGCUACGUGUGGAUUAGGCCUUUGAGUGGUGAAGGAAGACCUCUUUGAUCACCCUCCUGUUAUCUGUAACUUCCUGAGACAAGAUGAUUAUCUCUGGAAUGUGGUGUCCUGGGAGAUGAAGAGCCUGUAAGUCUGUAACUUGAGAAGGCCUGCCUUCUCUGUCCUGGUUGUCAAUAAAACCCCUGUGAAACUGAGGAGUGACAGAGAGACUUGGGAACAGCUCCGGAAGGGGUUGACCCAGCGUCUUCUCUCUGCUGUUUGGCAACACAGUGUAAAAUGAACUCCUCUGUGUGUAUCUGUUUAUUUCAGGUUAAUGGGUCAUGGAAAAUACAAAUUACCAAUUUAAUUCCUCUGCGUGUGUCAUCCUUUCAGGUAAUAUGGGAUAAAUAAAAUAUUACCUAUCAGUACAUUUAAUAUAAUUUUUUUGUUAAAUCUCUGUUUGAAAAAAUGACAUACAAUGGUAAAAGAUUGAUGUAUUCAAAGUAAAACUUUUGUUGCUCUCUUGUCUACAAUGGAGGGCUUGGACUGGUUAAGACGCUGGCAUCAUUAACCUUUUCUGUGAUGGGCUGGAGGUGACUUCUGCACUGAACUGAGUACAAUUUAAUAACAAUUUCAUGUGUCUAUGCCGACUGUUAAGCUUGGUUUAUGCUUGACGUGUCGGCGAGGUUCGCACAAUUCCGCGCGGCAAAAUUGCGUCAUUUUAACAACCACGCCCCUCCACCGCACCUCCGCACCGACCAAACUUUCCGCACCGCGCACCUAGGAAAUUUUCUAACCACGCGGACGGUCGGACGCGGAAAAACAUGGCUGACUGGCAAGAUCAAGUAUGGCAGAGGUUCGUAAAUACAGACAUUUGUAUGAUUCAGCUCUCAAAAAUCACCGUGAUCAACAUGUUGUUAAUAGUUCUUGGAGAGAAAUAGCUCGCACUGUCGGAAAAGACGAGGACGCUGUUAAAAAAUGCUGGAAUGCCAUGUUCUAAACAACAGUCAUUUUUACUUCUACUAUGGUGGUGUUGGAUGCAUGCUGUAGAGCUCCAUGCUUCCCCACACAGUUUGGGAGCAGUGGCGGCUGGCCAGUAGAGGGCGAUAGGGCGCCGCCCUCCCAGUUUCCCCUGUGUUUUUAAUUUUUAUUUUAAAAAAUAAAUAAAUAAAAUUAACAAUAAUCACAUAUUCUAAGUUAAUUGUGUGUUUUGUAACAAAAAUAAAUCAUAUAUGUAUAUAUAUCUAUAUUGGUCUCUGCCGGUCUCUGCCGAGCGGUGGAGGCUGUGUGCUGUUUUUCAAUCGCCCAAACAGGACGGGACCAGUUGUCCAAUUGCUGACAAGAAAAUCAAAGGGUAGGAAUGGGAAUGUAUCCAAUCAGCGUCGACGUUGUUUCAGAAAGUUUCAGAAGCAUGAUGGGCGAUAGAGCUACCGCCAAGGCUUUCGUUGAUGUUCGGUAGAACUCGGACAGUCUCGACUCCAGCACGUUUUGACGGUCAUGACGCAGACGUAGACAUGGACGCCAGUGCGCCUACAACAUGGAUACCGGAUCUCAGCAGCCACUGAAUUCAGUUCGGUCUCCUCCAGUAUCCGUUCGAGAGGAGAACUAUGGUGGAAAAACUUAAUGUCAAAGAGCUUGGACCAGAUCAGCCCGAUGUAAAGAUAAGCCAGCAGGAGAAGGAGAAGGGUAAACUGUACACACGACGCUUCUCCCAAAAUUGGUACACCAGGAAGCAGUGGCUAGCUGGAUGCAAUCACGCUAAUGCGUUAUUUUGCUUUCUGUGUUUGUUAUUCAAAACGGCUGGGAUCCACAGAAGGUGGAUGUGGAACUUGUGUCUCAUUGGGGACUCCAUUCAUUCUCUGACUGAGGAAUGCAGCGCAUCAGUGCAGCAGCCAACAAAGAAACGGAGGACGUUUGGACAGGGAGAACAGCAGCUGGGUGCAGAGGAGGCUGCAGUGAUGGGGACACCCGUUUGUAACACGGAGGUUGCUGAUGAUGGUGCAUCAAACCAAACAAAGAGGAAAAGGGGCCUAAGCAGCUUCUUUAAGGCCCCUCACAGACCAGCAGCUCCAGGUGCAGAACAUACUCUUCAACUGGACCAGGCCAUAGCUUGUGAGCUUCAGGGGUACCUCCAGGCAGGGACCCUGGACACAGAGGAAGACCCACUGGGGUGGUGGAAGCUAUCACAGAACCUCUUCCCACGACUCUGCAUCCUGGCAAAGAAAUAUCUUUGCAUCCCAGCCACAAGUGCCUCAUCAGAAAGGGUCUUCAGCACUGGUGGAAAUGUUGUCAACUGCCUGUGUGCAUCCCUAAGGCCUGACCAUGUUAAUAGGCUGGUGUUUUUGGCUAAAAACCUUUGAAAGGUUGCAGGAACCAUGUUUUGUUGAGUCAUUUUAAGAUUGUAUGGGACUCUGGCCUACUAGUUUUUAUUUAUUUUUUACCAAAGGUACUACUUUCAGUGUUUAAUUUUAUUUUUGUUCAGGCAGCAACUAUAGUUGACAUACCUCAAUGUCAGUUUGAUGCAAUUGUGCAUUGUGUGGCUAUACAGCUUGCCUUGAUGUUUGGUUAUUUGUAUGCAUAAAUAUUAUGCAGUAGUUGGAAGUUCACUGAACAUUAACGUUUAUAUUUUUUUUUCUUAUAUUGCAAAGCAAACAUUUGCACAGUGGUUAGUAUUUGCAAACAAUUUAAUAUUUUUUGACAAUCUUUAAAGCAAUUAUUCAAUACAUUGUUAUAGUUAAAUAAAUAUCGUGAAAUAAUCACGAUCUCAAUUUCAUUGAAAAUAAUCGUGAUUUUCAUUUUUGCCAUAAUCGAACAGCCCUACAAGACCCCAAGAUAUUCCUCCACUUUGGGGAGGACCUCAUCCUUCACCCGGAGAAGACGUUUUACCCUUUUCUGACUCAAGAUCAUGGUCUUUGAUUUAGGGAAGCUGAUUCUCAUCACAGCUGAUUCACACUUGGUUGUGAACCGCUCCGGCGAGAGCCGGAGAUUACGUUCUUAUGAGGUCAACAGGACCACAUCAUCUGCAAAAACCAGAGACCUGAUCUUUAGGUCACCAAAAUAGAUCCCCUCAACACCUUCGUUGUGCCUAGAAAUUCUGUCCAUAAAAGUUAUGACUAGAAUUGGUGACAAAGGGGAGCUUUGGCAUAAACUAAUUCCCAUCGAGAACAAGAUACUGGCAAUGCGGACCAAGCUCUGACAUGGGUCAUACAGGGACGUAACAGCCCGUAUCAGAGGGCCUGGUACCCCAUACUUCUGAAAUAUCCACCACAGGGCCCCCAGAGGAACAUGGCUGAACACCUUCUCCAAAUCCACAAAACACAUGUAGAUUGUUUGGGCAAACUCCCACUCACCCUCCAGGACCCCUCUAAGGGUAUAGAGCUGUUCCAGUGUUCCACGGCCAGGACAAAAAGCACAUUGUUCCUCCUGAUUCUGAGGUUCGACAAUCCGAUGGACCUUCUUCUCCAGAACCCCUGAAAAGACCUUACCAGGGUGGGUCGAGAGUGUAAUUCCCCUGUAGUUGGAACACACACUGCAUUGACAGACACCAUCCCCUGUCUGUCAUUCAAAUGGAACUGCCCCCAAACUGUGCAAUUGCAGAGCCUCGUCAGUCAACACAGCCCUACGACAUCCAGAGCCUUAAGGAACUCCGGGCGGAUCUAUUCCACCCCCACCAAGGAGCUUUUUGACAACCUCAGUGACCUCAGCUCCAGAGAGUCCGACCCAAAGUCCCUGGACUCUGCUUCCUCACUGGAAGACAUGCCGAUGGGAUUGAGGAGGUCUUCAAAGUACUCCGCCCAUUUCUCCACAAUGUCCCGAGUCAAGGUAAGCAGCACACCAUCCCCACCAUACACAGUGUUCACUGCUUUCCCCUCCUGAAGUGCCGGAUGGUGGACCAGAAUCUCCUCAAAGCCCUUUGAUUGUCAUUUACCAUGAUCUCACGAACUCCUCCCACACCUGGGUUUUUGCCUCGGCAACCACCCAAGCCGCAUUACGCUUGGACUGCUGAUACCUGUCAGCUGC